AUGCUCAACUGCAUCAUCAACACCAUCAAUGUCCACCAGCCCCUCUCGACUUCCCUUGACCUCAUGGCUCGCAGGGUAUUCCCAGGCCAGAACGUGGCCUUUGGGUUGAGCCUGUUCCUCUUUACGUUUAUGUUCCUGCCGACGCUAGUGAUGCUCUUAGCUGUCAUUGUGUUCUUUGCGUUCUACUAUCCGCAGCUGGGGAAGUCGACAGCUGCUCAAAACGAUGACUAUGAGUGA